AUGUCCAGAGUUACUACAAUCUUACGUGGUCCAUUCCGUGCUGCCAUUGGUCCUUUCAAGACAAGAUCUAUUUUUCCAUAUACUUCUUGCCUUAAUGUUUCAAGAUUCAGUGCCCAUUAUCUUUCAAAAGCAUCAGGACUUUUUCAUCCUAACAAUCACAAGGCAGUAGAUGGGCCUUUGCAGCAUGUAUGGAAGAGAAAGGACACAGUAUUGCCUCUUUCAUCUCUUGUAGAAGCUCAAAGUUAUAAAAUUGAUUCUCUUUGGACAGAUUUAAACAGAUUUUCGGAUAGCAGUCAGUUGAAAAAAAAUAUGUUGCAGUCCCAGUGCAAUGCCUUCCCAUUGUUCUUACAUGUGAGUUAUGGUUGUCGAGCAUAUUCAUCACAUGCUGGAGGCAAACAGGAUGGUCUCCAAAAUGUUGUUACAGAUACUGCUAUUGCAAAAGCUUCAGAUGAUAAAACUACUGAUUCCAUAGACAAUGAGUGGGUUGAUACGUUGAAUCAUGUUCGUCAAUCAGUAGUAGAUGCUGCUGUCAAUGCAGAAAACAAGGCCAAGGAGUUAUCUGAUCAAAUCACCUCUUUCACACAACAGUUGUAUGAUUCACAUCCAUAUCUAGAAAAGGUGAUUGUUCCAGUUGGAGGGACUUUGUCUGCGACAAUAUUGGCUUGGUUUGUGAUGCCUAGGAUUUUAAGGAAACUUCACAAAUAUGCAUCUCGAAGUCCUCUUGCAUUAUUAUCAAAGAGAUUAACUAAUGAACAAGUUUCUUAUGAGAAAAGCCUAUGGGGUGCUCUGGAAGACCCUGCAAGAUAUCUUGUUACUUUCAUGGCAUUUUCUCAGCUAGGUAUGAUGAUUGCACCAACUACUGAACAAUAUCUUUCACAAGCAUGGAGGGGUGCAGUUGUUCUUUCUUUUGUGUGGUUUCUUCAUAGGUGGAAAACCAAUGUUUUCACCAGUGCUUUGGCCGGUCAAGCGACAGUAGGGCUUGAGCGAGACAAAUUAUUAACACUGGAGAAAGUGUCAUCCGUAGGCCUUAUUGUACUGGGAGUAAUGGCUUUAGCUGAGGCUUGUGGUGUGGCUGUUCAAUCAAUUUUAACUGUCGGUGGCAUAGGAGGAGUGGCUACUGCUUUUGCUGCUAGAGACAUCCUUGGAAACCUGCUCAGUGGGCUUUCUUUGCAAUUCUCAAAGCCCUUUUCAGUGGGAGAUCAGAUAAAAGCUGGAUCCAUAGAAGGACAAGUGAUGGAAAUGGGGCUUACUACCACCUCUUUGUUAAAUCCUGAAAAGUUUCCUGUCAUAGUUCCCAACUCCUUAUUUUCCAGUCAGGUGAUUGUGAAUAAAUCACGUGCUCAAUGGCGUGCUAGUGUGAACAAAAUCCCUAUACGUAUUCAUGAUAUAGAAAAGAUACCCCUUAUUUCUGAGGAGAUAAAAUCCAUGCUGCAUUCUAACUCUAAAGUUUUCUUGGAGAAGGAUGUCCCUUAUUGUUACCUUUCUCGAAUAGAAAAUUCAUUUGCAGAGCUUACUUUUGGAUGCAAUCUCAAAAGCAUGAGAAGGGAUGAGUAUUAUGCUACAGAGCAAGAUAUUCUUCUGCAAGCAGCGAAGAUUAUUCGGCAGCAUGGUGCUGAACUUGGAGGCACCUUCCAUGACUACACUAACUGUUGAUUCAGCAGACGGAAAAACUUAGCAAUAAGAUCUCCUGGGGGACAAGACCGAACACUGAAGUUAGUGCGAGCAAAUGUCAAAAGCCGGUGGAAAAAUUUCCCCUCCAGAUCAAGGAGUUAAUCAAGGAGGGUGGAUGAUUCUGGAGAGAGGUCUGAGGUUGGCGAUGUUAAUGGUGAGCUAAACCUCCUGCCGACAAAGAUGGGAUUGCAGGCAAACUGACAGCUUUACCCCACUCUAGCCUUAGGCAAUGUGUCCCGGGCCACCAACUUUAUAUGACCACGGAAGCUACUUGGCGUAAGCUACGAAAUAAGCAGCAUCCGAUGCUGGUUGGUAGUUGAAAGCCAUAUACCCUUAGAUACUGCAAAAGUUUGGCUCAGGGUCCUGGUCUGAUAUAGAAAAUUUCGGCUCCAACAUUCAGGCACCUAGUGAAACUCAAUCUUUCCAUGUUUAUUAAGUCUUUUCAAG